ACGUUUGUUUGUCAUUGUCAUUUGUAUUUAUUUUUAUCGUAUAAUAGAAUAUUAUAUACAGUUUAAUAAUUUUAAUUGUGUAUUUGUGCUAUUUUUGUUUGGUAUUUAUAGUGUGCAACAAGUUUUAUCAUGUCAAGGGUUCGCAAGAUUUUCCUAUUUCUGUUGAAAAUUCAAUAUAAGUUUUGCACCUAACUCGAACUGUAACAAUGAGCGAGGACUCAAAUCAGGAGAAAUUGAUAUCAGAACUUAGGGCAGAGCUGGAGGCGAUCAGAGCUGAGCGGGAUCUCCUGAAAACAGAAAACGAUCAAUUAAAAUUGCAGCUUGAGAUGCUCGAUUUGAAAAAUGCGCAUAGUAGCAGUUCCCCGCAAACAUGUAUUUCGUCGAACCUAUACGAUAAUAUGGAAGAAAAUGACUAUUGCGUCAGGAGCAUAUCCCUGUCGUCCUGCGAGAAUGUGAAUAAUCAGCAGUUUGACAUGUGUCAUCAGUACUGUGACGGAGACGACAAGAACACAUCGUACCAAGAACAGCUUGAGAACGACAUCAGUUCCUGCACUUCGCAACCUGAUUCCGUUUUGUUGGACAACAUGCCUCUGCACGAUUAUAGCAAUAACAGUACGAACCCCAUGACCGGACUCUGCCAUAAUGUCUCAAAGAGCCAAAUUCUCUACAAGAAGUCUUCCAUUUAUAAUUCCGACGGAAUGAAGAGGAGCCGCAUUUUGAACGCGUAUGAAUUAUCGCAAUAUUUAUUGGAUAAACAAAUUGAACUUCUGGAAAGAAAAUAUGGAGGCGAUAAGGCCCGCAAUGCUGCUCUGGUUAUACAGAGAGCUUUCCGUAGAUAUACACUUAUUAAAAAAUUUACAUACAUCACGACUAUGGCGCAACAAGAUAAAAAGUAUGCGGAUCAAAAGAACGUUCAAAGAUUACCUAGUAGAUCUAUGUCAUUAAGAGAAAGCAAUAGGACUUAUAUAGUUAAAAAUAAUCACUUAGAUUCAAGUGCAGAUAUGAAUUCAAGUUUAGAAAUUUCCAACAAUUCAUCACAUCCGCAUGUAAAUAUCCUGCAUUACGAAUAUGACCUUUACAUGCGCGGCGAACUGAGUGGCUCUCGCAAGAAAAUACCUCCGGAGGUUCCAAAACGCACCUCAUCAAUUUCGAAUCGAUCAUGCAAACCGCAUAUGUUAGACGGACGACAUCAGGGCUACGAUCAGAUGCACAGCAACUACGACCAGCAUCAGACCAGCCCCGGUUCCGUACUCAGUCGGUCGGCAUAUUCCGACAACGUGCAAAUGAUGAGACCAACGCUCAGCGAGAAUUCUCUGGUUAGAACUAAUGCAGGAGAAAUGCAAUUGCAACAGCAAAACUGUUUGGAUCCCAAUGGUAGAACGGGAUACAGUCAUGGUCCACAAAUCAACAUGAGCAAUCUGUGCGAGUACACUCAAUAUAGGCCGAACUAUAUAGAAAACGGGUCAGUCUGCAGCGUUCAGUCAUCCGGAAGUGAUAACUCAAUACACUAUGAAAAUUAUGAAAGAGGUUCUUCAUCUCCUGUUUGGAAAAAAAUAGAGCAAGUAUCAACAAAUGACUACAAUAUUCAACCCGCUAUAACUGUUAAUGCAGCACCAAGUACACAAAACUAUAAAACUAAUGAAACUAUUCGCAAGAGACAAUAUAGAGUUGGAUUAAAUCUAUUUAAUAAAAAACCUGAUAAAGGCAUUCAAUACCUUAUUCAAAAGCAGUUUUUAGAAAAUUCUUCAUAUGCAAUUGCCAAGUUUUUGAUCACUCGCAAAGGACUAAGCAAAAAGAUCAUAGGAGAAUUUUUAGGAGAUCUGCAAAAUCCUCUAAGUCAAAAAGUUUUGAUAGACUUUUCAAACCAUUUAGAUUUUACUAAUAUGGAAUUGGAUAAUGCCUUACGAAGGUUUAUGAGUUUCUUCAGAAUACCAGGAGAAGCUCAAAAAAUAGAAAAAAUUAUUGAAGUCUUUAGUAAACGAUACAUAGCUUGCAAUUUGGAUUUAGUGAAUAAAUUUCAAAAUGCCGAUACUAUAUUUAUUUUGAGUUUUGCCAUAAUAAUGCUGAACACUGAUCUGCACACACCUAAUUUGAAGCCUGAGAAGCGAAUGAAGCUUGAAGAUUUUAUUAAGAAUUUAAGAAAUAUUGAUAAUGGAAGGAAUAUAGAUCGAAAUAUGUUAACUGGAAUAUAUGAGCGAGUAAAAGCUAAUGAAUUCAAAUGCAGUUCAGAUCAUGUUACACAGGUGAUGAAAGUUCAACAAACAAUAGUAGGAAAUAAACCUAAUUUAGCACUCAGCCAUCGCAGAUUAGUUUGUUAUUGUCGCUUGUAUGAAAUUCCUGAUCUGAAUAAAAAAGAACGUAUUGGAGUACACCAAAGAGAAGUUUUCUUAUUUAAUGAUCUACUAGUAAUUACUAAAAUUCUUUCCAAGAAAAAGAAUUGUGUUUCCUAUACAUUUAGAAAUAGUUUACCUUUAAGUGGUAUCAAUGUUUCGUUAUUUGAAACAAUUCAUUACCCAUUUGGAAUAAAACUAACGCAGCGAGUUGAUGGAAAAGUUUUAAUAAUUUUUAAUGCUCGCAAUGAGCAUGAUAGAAUAAAAUUUGCUGAUGAUUUGAAAGAAUCUAUAUUAGAAAUGAAUGAAAUGGAAAAUAUAAGAAUUGAAAACGAACUAGAAAGACAAAAAAGAAGCAAUCGUAAUGGAACUGAACCAAAUCGUGACAGUGGUGUUGCAGAUUUGUGCAACUGCCAAACAAACGUUGGCCAUAAUCAUGCUGCGUUUUAUAAUGACCAACAGCUCAAGAGAUCUGCUCUAAGCAACUCUCUCUUAGAUAUGCAUGAACAAUUCAAUGACUCCCACAAGCAAAGGAGAGGUUCAGUGGGUUCUCUCGAUAGUGGCAUGUCGCUCUCCUUCACAAACAACUCUCACAGGCAGCAGCAUCAGCAACAUCAACAGAAUGUUAUGUACAAUGUGAUUCCUCAGCAACCCACAAGCAUGCUGCAACAACAAAUGUUGCAUACAAUGCAAACUUUACCAUUAAUAAAUCUGGCCACCGCUCAACAUUCGAACAAAUCUAUGCAGCAUUUCCAAUACAAUGGACCUGCAGAUAAUCAACAGAAGAGGGAGAGAAAAUCGUCACGCACAACUCAGGUGUAA